UAUUUAUCUGUUUUGUUGAUAAAACACAAUUGUUAAGCAUAGACAUUCUCUGAGAAAUACAUCAACCAGAAAGUUGUUGUAAAAAACGAACGCCUUUCUUGGUAAAUGGCGUUUUAGUGGAGAAACGGUUCUGAUUAUCAACAAUAUGACGGCUUCUAAGAAAUCACCAACGUUUUUGAAGUUUACUGUCGUUGGUGAUGGCUACGUCGGAAAGACCUGCAUGUUGAUUGUCUAUGCAAAAAAUGAAUAUCCAAAAAGAUAUAUUCCUACAGUUUUUGAUAAUUAUUGCGCAACUGUGAAAUUAGAUGGCGAAGAAUACGAAGUUAAAUUAUGGGAUACCGCAGGCCAAGAAGAUUAUGAACGUCUUUUGUCGUUAAGCUUUCCGGAUGUAAGUACUAUUGCCUAAGCUAUCUAUAAUAUA